GUUUUUACUUUAAUUUACCAUAAAAAUGGGGACUUUUUAAGGAAAAAGCAGCUAGAAAUUUGGAAAGUAGUUUUUGGCCAAGCAAUACUGAAAAAGACAGCCAUCAAUAGAGGAAUCAGACAAAAGUUUGACAACAAACUUAGUUAUUGUCACCAAAACCCCAAACUCACUCCAUCGUUUCUUCUUUCAAAAUUUCUUGAAUUCUAAUCAACAAGGGCGUUGGUCAACAAUAAGAAGAUAAAGUUUAGAAUUAGCAAUUUCUUAUAUUCAACUCCAAAUCUUUUUCGGAAUCUUUUGGAGUGAUUAUGAAGCCGGCAGCUACCUUACCAUCAUCUCCAUCACCAGUCAAACUCAAACCUCCUCCUCUCACCGCUACUCGCUGCUUCUCCUCCGUCUCCUCCUGCACCUCUUUAUCUCUUCCGCGUCGGCGUCAUUAUCAGAUCGGAAUGGCCAGCUCCAAGACGACGGAGAAUCACCUGAGGCACGUCGAUUCAAUGGCGAGGUUACCGUCUGGUGCCGGUACAAUACCUCGUCUUAACGCCGUCAUUUUAGGAGAAGCUUUAGCUUCUGAAGAAGACGAUCUUGUUUUCCCUAGUGUUGACUUUUCGCGCCAAGCUCUCGUUCCUUCUUCUCAAAAGUAUUUGGAGAUGUACAAAAAGUCAGUUGAAGAUCCGGCAGGGUUUUGGUCGGAAAUUGCAAGUCAGUUCUACUGGCAACAGAGUUGGGGCCAAGGUCAACCUGUUUUCACGGAAAAUUUUGAUGUUCGCCAAGGGGAAAUCAAGAUUGAGUGGUUUAAGGGAGGCAUCACAAACAUUUGUUACAAUUGUUUGGAUAGAAAUGUUGAAUCUGGAAACGGCGACAAGAUUGCUAUUUAUUGGGAACCUAACGAACCCGGUUCUCAAGACUCUUUAACCUAUUCUCAGCUUCUUCAAAGAGUUUGCCAGCUAGCCAAUUACUUGAAAGAUAAAGGUGUUAAGAAGGGUGAUGCUGUUGUGAUAUAUUUACCUAUGCUUAUGGAGCUCCCCAUUGCAAUGCUUGCUUGUGCUCGCAUUGGUGCUGUUCACUCGGUUGUGUUUGCAGGAUUUUCUGCUGAAUCUAUUGCUCAAAGAAUUGUUGAUUGUAAACCAAAAGCGGUGAUUACUUGUAAUGCUGUUAAAAGAGGGUCUAAAGUGAUUCCCCUCAAAGAUAUAGUUGAUGCUGGCCUUGUCGAAUCGGCUAAAAAUGGUGUUUCAGUAGAUUUAUGUUUAACCUAUGAAAAUCAAUCUGCUAUGAAGAGGGAAAGCACUAAAUGGAAAGAGGGAAGAGAUGUAUGGUGGCAGGACGUCGUCCCUAAAUAUCCAACUACUUGUGAAGUGGAGUGGGUUGAUGCAGAAGAUCCACUUUUUCUCCUGUAUACUAGUGGAAGCACAGGAAAGCCUAAGGGUGUUCUGCAUACGACUGGAGGAUACAUGGUUUACACAGCUACUACAUUCAAAUAUGCAUUUGAUUACAAGCCAUCUGAUGUUUACUGGUGUACAGCUGACUGUGGUUGGAUCACGGGACACAGCUAUGUAACUUAUGGACCCAUGCUCAAUGGAGCAACUGUCAUCAUUUUUGAAGGGGCUCCUAAUUAUCCUGAUUCCGGACGCUGCUGGGAUAUUGUUGAUAAAUUCAAGGUGACAAUAUUUUAUACUGCUCCCACAUUGGUUCGGGCUCUCAUGCGUGACGGUGAUGAGUAUGUAACUCGCUAUUCACGUAAAUCCUUACGGGUCCUUGGAAGUGUGGGCGAGCCUAUCAAUCCAAGUGCUUGGAGGUGGUUUUUCAAUGUAGUCGGAGAUUCAAGAAGCCCUAUAUCUGAUACUUGGUGGCAAACUGAAACUGGCGGUUUUAUGAUUACUCCACUACCAGGUGCUUGGCCACAGAAGCCUGGCUCUGCAACUUUCCCUUUCUUUGGUGUUCAGCCCAUCAUUGUGGAUGAAAAAGGAGCCGAGAUUGAAGGAGAGUGCAGUGGAUAUCUCUGUGUGAAAAGCUCAUGGCCUGGGGCAUUCCGAACUCUUUAUGGUGAUCAUGAAAGAUAUGAAACCACGUACUUCAAGCCAUUCCCUGGAUACUAUUUCAGUGGUGAUGGCUGUAGCAGGGACAAGGAUGGGUACUACUGGCUUACUGGAAGAGUUGACGAUGUCAUCAACGUUAGUGGUCAUCGUAUUGGCACAGCAGAAGUGGAAUCUGCUCUUGUUUCCCAUCCCCAGUGUGCAGAAGCUGCUGUGGUUGGUGUUGAGCAUGAGGUUAAAGGACAGGGCAUUUAUGCAUUUGUCACACUUGUAGAAGGGGUUCCUUACAGUGAAGAACUCCGGAAAAGUCUUAUCCUCACAGUGCGAAAUCAGAUAGGAGGAUUCGCAGCACCUGAUAGAAUCCACUGGGCUCCUGGCCUUCCAAAGACUAGAAGUGGAAAAAUAAUGAGGAGGAUUCUUAGAAAAAUUGCGUCGAGGCAGUUGGAUGAGCUGGGCGACACAAGCACGCUGGCAGAUCCAAAUGUGGUUGAGCAGCUUAUAGCACUUGCUGAUAUAUGAAUCUCCUAACUUAAUUUCUGGGAUGUUCCUCACUUCUAUGUGCGGCUUUCACCGUAACUGGUCAGCUAUAGAGUUUUUAGAUACUUGAAUAAGUAUAUUGAAUUUGGGCCAGGUGAACUAUUUGUUCUCACCAGGAACUCUUCUUACCUUUGAUUUUUUGAAACUUGCAACAGAUUUGGGCUAGAUACGAUAUGCUUUAAUUGUAUUUGUAUUCUAGUCUCAUAAAAGGGUUGUCUGGUGUUUAAUAUUGCACCAGGGUUGUAUUAUAUUCAUUUUAAGUGACAUUUUUGUGGGUAUUAAAAAUAAGAAUAUUGGAGAUGAGGAACUGUAAUAAUUCUUCUUUCAUGUA